UGCGUCACUUCCGCUGGGGGCGGGGCGUAGCGGUGGGUGGUGCUGGUCACGCCAGUGUUUGGGGUCCGGGCGCCGCAGCUGCGAGCAGGCCGGGCGGGCCGAUGCGGACCUCAGAGCUGGCGGGAGGCGAGUGGCGGCCGCGGCGCCCGUGACUACUGCCUGCGUCCCGGUAAGACCAUGAAUUAUGGAAUUUCCUAAAUGAAGCAUUCAGGAAUGGAAUGAGAGAAUGUCACAUAGAAAAUAAAUGAUUUUUAAGUUAUGUCUAUUAAUUUGACUCUAGAUAUAUAUAUUUACUUCCUUAAUAAUGCAAGAAGUCUUUGUGGGAAACAGAGAAGCAAACAAUUGCAUUUUGUGUGUUCUAAACAGUAUUGGCGCAUGAACCAUGUCAAUGUGCACAGAGAGUUUCACACAAGUAAGAAAAGCUGUAAAUGGAAUAGAAGUGAAGCACAUUGCAGCAAACACUGGCACUCUCCAAGCAACCAUGGCUUACACUUUGGAAUUGUGAGACUUAGCACUUCUGCUCCCAAGGGACUUACAAAAGUGAGCAUUCAUAUGUCCCGUAUUAAAAGUACUUUGAAUUCAGUUUCAAAGGCUAUUUUUGGCAGUCAAAAUGAAAUGGUUACACGGUUAGCUCAAUUUAAGCCAAGUUCUCGAAUAUUAAGAAAAGUAUCAGAUAAGGGAUGGUUAAAACAAAAAAAUGUUAAGCAAGCCGUCGAGUCUCUGAAAAACUAUAGUGAUAAAUCAGCAGGAAAGAAUUCUUUAGCAGAACAGAAAAGUUACUUUGCAGAUAAAGAAGAAGAUUCAGGUAAACACAGCCUUUUCCAUUACACAUACGGUAUAACCACCAGAUUUGGAGAGUCAUUCUCCGUUUUAGCAAAUCAUAUUAAUUCCUAUUUCAAAAGCAAGGGAAAAAUGUCUCAAACAAAGGAAGAUAAACAGCUUCAGGACAAGCCAGACCUUGAAGAAAGGAAAUCCAGUUCUCCAGGCCCUGACACCGUGGCAGACAGGCCAGACUCGGAAUCUCCCCUAGAAGUUAAAGACAAACUUUCCAGCCCGACCCAGAUGCCUGAGGCUCACCCAGUGUCUGCAAAACAAAGUAUUGCUAACUUCCUUUCUCGUCCCACUGAAGGCGUACAAGCCUUAGUCGGUGGUUACAUUGGUGGACUUGUACCCAAAUUAAAGUCUGAUCCCAAGAGUCCGCCCGAAGAACAGGAAGUGUCUGCUAAAACAGAGCAGGCUGUUAACAAAGACAAGAAGGCAGAGGAGAAAAAGCGUGUGCUACUUCAGCAAGAAAAGAUUAUUGCAAGAGUGAGUAUUGAUAACAGAACUCGAGCCUUAGUUCAGGCCUUAAGAAGAACAGCCGACCCAAAGCUCUGUAUUACUAGGGUUGAAGAACUGACUUUUCAUCUUCUAGAAUUUCCUGAAGGAAAAGGAGUGGCUAUCAAGGAAAAAAUUAUUCCAUAUUUAUUACGGCUGAGACAAGUUAAGGAUGAAACUCUUCAGGCUGCAGUUAGAGAAAUUUUGGCUUUAAUUGGUUAUGUAGAUCCAGUGAAAGGCAGAGGAAUCCGAAUCCUCACCAUUGAUGGUGGAGGAACAAGAGGUGUGGUUGCUCUCCAGACUCUGAGGAAGUUGGUUGAACUUACUCAGAAGCCGAUUCAUCAGCUUUUUGAUUACAUCUGUGGAGUAAGCACAGGGGCCAUAUUAGCAUUUAUGCUGGGAUUGUUUCACAUGCCGCUGGAUGAAUGUGAGGAACUCUAUCGAAAGUUGGGCUCAGAUGUGUUCACACAGAAUGUCAUUGUCGGGACCGUCAAAAUGAGUUGGAGCCAUGCGUUUUAUGACAGUAACACGUGGGAAAAGAUCCUCAAGGAUAGAAUUGGAUCUGCACUAAUGAUUGAAACAGCGAGAAACCCCGCAUGUCCUAAGGUAGCUGCUAUAAGUACCAUAGUAAACAGAGGACAAACACCAAAAGCUUUUGUGUUCAGAAACUAUGGUCAUUUUCCUGGCACCAACUCUCACUAUUUAGGAGGCUGUCAGUAUAAAAUGUGGCAGGCCAUUAGAGCCUCAUCAGCUGCUCCAGGCUACUUUGCAGAGUACGCGCUGGGGAGUGAUCUUCAUCAAGAUGGAGGUUUGCUUCUGAAUAACCCUUCGGCCUUGGCCCUUCACGAAUGUAAAUGCAUCUGGCCAGAUACGCCACUGGAGUGUAUAGUAUCCUUGGGCACAGGACGGUAUGAGAGUGAUGUGAGGAAUACCUCAACAUACACGAGCCUGAAGACCAAGCUCUCUAAUGUUAUCAGCAGUGCUACAGAUACAGAGGGUUAGUCUUUCUGUGCUCCUUCAGACACUUUAGAAGUUCAUAUCAUGCUUGAUGGCCUGUUGCCUUCUGACACGUACUUUAGAUUUAAUCCUGUGAUAUGUGAAAACAUACCCCUAGAUGAAAGCCGGGAUGAAAAACUGGACCAGCUUCAGCUGGAAGGGAUGAAGUAUAUAGAAAGAAAUGAUCAAAAGAUGAAAAAAGUUGCAAAAAUAUUAAGUCAAGAAAAAACAACUCUUCAGAAGAUCAAUGAUUGGAUAAAAUUAAAAAGUGACAUGUAUGAAGGCCUUCCAUUUUUUUCAAAAUUGUGAGUAGGGUACACAUGUGUUCUCAUAAAUGAAGGCCAUCAAAAGAUCCACCAGUUUAGAGAGGAACGGUGUGAUUCAACAUGACACUUAGUGAGUUAUCCUGAAUCAGAUAAUGCUUUGAACAGCUCCAUCCUCAUGGAAGAUAUGAUUGGUAACACAAGUUAUGUGGGAAUUAGGUAUUAAGAUGUUCAUAACCUUUAGGCAUUUUAUUACUGUGCUAGUGGUUUUAGUAUCUAUUGAUCUUAAGUUGUUUACUGUUUGAAUGUUUUAAUAUAUGUGCCAAACAAGAAAUGGGGGAUGUUACACUUCAGCCUUUGCUUUUACUCGUUUCAAUCAUGUGGAAUUUGUGUGACUUGAUUUUCUUUCAUGUCUUUCCAUUUACACUACUUAGCAUUUCACUAGGUGCGCCCACAAUCCAUGUGUUACUUUUCACUGUAAUAAUCACUGAAAGAGAUAUAGGAAAUGGGAUUUUCUUUAUUAAAGUACAUUUAUGUUUGAAAUAUGAAAAAACUGGACAGUUUUCUAUUCAAAAAGAUUGAAGAAUUUCCAGUGAACUAACUUUUUCUUGAAAUUUCAAGAUAAUGUUCACUUUUGUAGAUCAAAUGCUCUUAUCAUUUCCUGUUACAGAAUUGAUUAUUCAAUUUUACUGAGAAAAUAUUCUUAUCAUUAACAAAAAUAAAUUAUUGAAGUGACCAAUUGUUCAAGGCUAAUGCCAUUUUAACGUUUGUAUUUUAAUUGCUCAUAAUGGUUGCCUGGUUUCUUGUAGCAUUUAUGAAGAAAUAUUAGUCUAGUUAGAUUUACAAAAGUUGAACAUGGUGCCAUAAGUAUUCACUGUAUUGUUCACUGUAUUAUUUCUCUUGUAAAUCUUUAUAUUGAAUUGAAAAUUUUUAUGAAAAGUUAAUCAAGGUGUAUAUCCUUUGCUUACUACACAUAACUAACAGUGCUGCUUCCGUUGUCAUUGUGCUUGUGAGAGCUGGGAGUGGUUGAGAAUGUGGGAGGUAGUCGGCUGAAUAGUCAGCCCCUGUGCAUGACCUUGAAGACAGUGGACAGCUUGUAAGAUUCAGCUCUGAUUCAUAAAAGGAGGAAAGCUAGUUGUCAAAUUUCAUUUCUUCUCCUUUAUUUUUUAAGAACUAGAUCAAUAAGCUCCCAGUUAUUUCAGAAGAUAAUGUAAAUACUUCCUUUUAGCUUUUAACUACAAACAAACUUUUAUGUAGCCAGACUGACUUCUGAAAAAUAGAAGCUAAUGGUAAUCUGCACAGCCCGGGAUUCUCUGUGAGCGCAGAUUUCAAGCACAAGCUACUUACUGUGUGGCCCGUGUAAGUGUGCUCUUGUCCUCACCUGGAAUAUAUAGUUCAUGCUUUGCCACCUAAGUCCACUCUUCCUGGUUUGUGCUUUGCUAGGCAUUGCUAAGGGUACUCAGGUCAGGCCACAGUGUUUUUGUUCAGCCACAUAUUGGGUGCCACGUAUGAACUUUCCUUCUAACUAAGUAUGGCCAUUUGUGUGUUAGACAGGUUUUUGUUUAUUCUUUUCUCCAUUGGUAUCUGAUACUGGUUAUCUAAAGAGCUGAGUAAGUGUCUGAUACAACCUUUAUUUUAUAAAGAAGGAAGUGCUCUUUGCCCAAAAAUCAUUCUAAAAGCAGCCUGUAAAAGAGAGACAUAGAAAUGAGUUUUUAGUCUUAUGCAGAUUAAAGUCUUUCUCAGAGAAGCAGUAAAAUCUGUUUUAUGAAAUACAAACUCAUCAGUUGUACUAAAGUAUUAUUUUGAUCUCAGACCUUGCUGACUGUUUAAGAAAUCAAUUUUUAAAAAUAAAUAACAGAUAGUAUUCUUUAUUAAGCAUCAAAACUCGGAGUUGUCUGUAGAGGCCACAGGAGUGGAGAGCACCGUGGCUAGGUCAGAAUCAGCACUGCUCUGCUCCACCCCCCCCCAGUACCUUUCGGUCCAUGAGAAAUUAGACAUCAUAGGAAGCCUUUGACUGGUAACAGGCCACAAAAGCCUGAAUGCAUUCUGAGAGGAUCCAGGACUCUGCCAACCUUGGCAACAGGAGGGAGCAGCUCACAGUCACUUUCCCUCCUUUUAUUCAUGAUACAGCUUACAAUUGUUGACAUAGCUCGGACCCUUAAAAUUUGAGAUCCAAAAUUUGUCCUAACUCACUGUGUGCUAGAAAUAGUUCUAAUCAUAGCAGGGAAUGGUUGAGCACGCCUGUAAUCAAAACACAGGCAAAGCUGCAACAGGAUGAUCAGGAGCUCAACACUAGCCUGGGAUCCAUAACUACUCUGAGUUAAGCUCAACUACAUAGUGAGUUCUGGGCCAGCCUGGGCUACAGAGGACAAAGUCCUGCAGUAAAACUCAACAGGUAAAACCGCUUGCUGCCAAGCCUCAUGCCUUUUGGUACCUGGAGACCCACAUGCUGAGAGAACCAGCUGCCAUAAGUUGUCUCCUGACCUCCAUAUUUGCGUUCUGACAUGUGCCACACACAAAUUUAAUUAAAAAGAGAGAGAAAGAGAAAAGGAAAGAGCAGAGAAGGCAUGAGGAAAGGAGGAGAGGAUUAGUUAUAACCUAUAGGAAGUAUUCCACAAGCAUCAGUUGGCAGUAGCUUGACUAAGCCUAGCAAACGUGUGCAUGCUUACUCCGUACCAGGAAAGGGGCUAAGGACGUUUCCAUUUGAGCAAGCUUGAGGUAAGUGUUGUUGCAUUCUUAGACAAAGCUUUUCAAGGUACCAGGACUCAGGCACCACUGCACACUCUCAUGCAAACACUGUCUUUUAACUAGAAUGUACUUCCUGGAGUGCUGUAGAGCCGGCUUCAGCUGCAGCUUGGGGAACUGAAGGAGGAUGAUGAGUUUAGUUGGUGAGGGAAUGUUCUUAUCUCAGUCCAUGUCACCUCAGUCUUUUUGACCUCAGAGCUUAGCUUUUUACAAAAGCAAAUUGUCUCAAUGUUCAGUUUUGUUGCUGUGUCUUGGGUCUUUUUUGUAGUUCCCCAGGGCUUUGUGGUUCUAUGUUAUACUCUACUGGUUCACACCUCUAAAGGGACUCAGAAAUCCAUGGAGAGGGGGCCAAAGGAGAGAAUGCCUGAGCUUCCCUACCCAGUUCACCAGCAUUGCAGUCUUUCAGAAGGAACUUCCUGUCUAGAGAAUGACCAUUAGAAAUUUCUUAUACAGGAAAUUGAAGCUGUCCUCUGGGCAGUUAGGAUACAUAAUCCAUUUGGAAAAUUCCAUGUUGGUCCCAUCCCAACAAACUCUUUUCUCAUUCAUUGCUCUGUGUUCUUUUCUGUUAUUGCUUCCUGCCAAGUUUAAAUACAACAGACUGUUCUUUAAUUUCACUUUUUUGAAGCAAAUCUAUGGCAGUUACUCUUUCAUGACAAAGAAAUAGGAAACACAUCAAAAAACAGUUUGUUCUGUUCCUGGCAGGAGCUAUCCACACACCAACAAAGAGUUUCCAGACUACAGAUGCUCUUGGGCUAGACUGUUUGCAUGUGUUGGUCCACCACUUUGAUAAAUAUGUCUGUUAGAAGUCACACUGAUUGCUUUGUUCACUAUAACUUUCAUUCAACUGAUAUGAAGAGUUUCAGAUUCAUCACACCCCACAAAUAUGCAUGAAUAGUUUGGUUAAUUGGUUUGUUAAAAAUAUAUUAUUGGACCAAUGCGAUGGCUCAGUGAUAGGCACCUGCCAUUAAGCCUAAUAAUCUAAUGAAUUCUAAAACCCCACAAAGAAGAGAACUAGCUCCUACAAAUUGACCACACUGGAUGCAUGCACAUGCAUACAAAUGUGUUCAUGCAUGCACACACAGUUUAAAUAAUAAACCAGGUGUGAUGGUGCAGACCUGUAUUCACAACAAUUAGAAGCAGAGGCAGGAUAAUCAUUACCUCUCAAGGCUAGUCUGGGCUACAUAGUGAGUUUAAAGCCAAUCUGAACUAUUCGAGGCUCUACCUCAGGAAAAAAAAAGUAAAGCAACUAUUGACUGUAAUGUUGAUUUUUCUUCAUUAUAAAAAGCUGUACUUUUACCUCAUUCUUUACUUUUAGACAGUACAUACUAUGGUAUAUGACAGUUAAUAUUGUCAAUAGAGUCUAUAGUUACCUAGGAGGUAAUUCUGUGAGCAUGCCUGUGACGGAUCAUCUAGAUUAGGUUAUUUGAGAAAAAGUCCAUGACUGUGGUAGCACCAUUCUACGACCUGGUAUCCUGGACUCAAGUACAGAAGCUGAUCCCUAGCAGUCACAAUCACUCUGCUUCCUAGCAGCAGAUUCACUGUGACUAGCUGCUUCAUGCAUCUCUCUUAGUGCCAUCCUGUACCAUGAUAAAAAUGCAUUCAAAUUAUGAGCUAAAAUAAACUCUUCUUUAAGUUGC